UUAAUCCGUGCCACUUGACUGUGUUUGAAGAAAAACGAGCAUCUGAGACCUGCAGCAGCUGGACCGAAACAUCUGGACCGGAACCGGGCUGGGACCAGCUGCAGACCCGGGAAGGGAGGGGGGACAGGUGCGCGGUCACGUGGACAGGCAGCUGGACUCAGACACGCGCAGGUGUCUCUGUCCCUCAUCAUCCCUGUGAGUCCGGGGCCGAGCCAGGCUCCUCGGGUCCAGGAUGGCGGAGGAAACCCGGGUCAUCUACCACCUGGAGGACCAGGAGACCCCCUACCUGAUCCGGAUCGGCGUGCCCGCGCAGCGCGUCACCCUGGCGGACUUUAAGCAGGUCCUGAACAAACCCGGCGCGAGGUUCUUCUUCAAGUCCGUGGAUGCGGACUUCGGGGUGGUGAAAGAAGAGAUCAGUGACGACGGCGCCAAGCUGCCGUGUGUGAACGGACGAGUUGUCUGUUGGGUGGUGUCUUCAGAUACUGGCACGCCAGAUUUCAGGGGGUCUGACAUCCAAUCAGUGGCCACACCCUCUAGUCAAGCCCCACCCCCAAUUGAGAGAACAGAUGGGAUCGGAGACUCCAGGCCUCCGUCUUUCCAUGCUGCAGCUGUCAGUCACGAUGUUUCACCAUCAGAGAAGCUGCAAAGAAAAGACAUGGCUGAUCCAGGUGGUCCCCUGAAUGGACACGCCCAUGGAGCUUCUGAUCAGAAGGGGGCGGAUCCAGCAGGUGGAGGUGACAGCUCUUCAACCCAACAGAGCAGCGAGUUAGAGACGACCAGUUUCUGCUCGUCUGAAGAAGACUCUGGAGGAAGUCGGUGUCUUUCAGCAGUGUCACUGACUCCACCAUGUCCCUCAACAUCGUCACCGUGACUCUCAACAUGGAGAGGUAUAACUUCCUGGGUAUCAGCAUCGUUGGUCAGAGUAAUGACAGAGGAGAUGGAGGUAUUUAUAUUGGAUCCAUCAUGAAGGGCGGAGCUGUCGCAGCAGACGGACGUAUUGAACCAGGAGACAUGUUACUGCAGGUGAACGAUAUCAACUUUGAGAACAUGAGUAACGAUGAUGCUGUCCGUGUUCUGAGGGAGAUCGUCCACCAGCCAGGUCCGGUGACRUUAACUGUGGCAAAGUGUUGGGAUCCAAACCCACGAGGCUGCUUCACGCUGCCAAGAAGUGAGCCAGUCCGUCCCAUCGACCCUGCUGCGUGGGUGUCUCACACCGCUGCCAUGACUGGGAGGCUCCCCCCACACUACAGUACGUUUCCAAACAGCAGGUACCCUAUAUCAUCAUCCAUCAUCAUUAAAUCACUGCUGCUUCCAGGUGUACACGAAGAAAACCAGCUGAACAUCCACAGCGACAUGACGCUAGUCGUCAAGGCUAUGGCCAAUCCAGAGUCCGGCCUGGAGGUCCGAGACAGGAUGUGGCUAAAGAUCACCAUUCAUAAUGCUUUUAUUGGCUCAGAUGUGGUGGACUGGCUCCACCGAAACCUGGAGGGUUUCACUGACCGCCGUGAAGCCCGUAAGUACGCCGGUAACCUGUUGAAAGCCGGAUUCAUUCGACACACCGUCAACAAGGUCACCUUUUCUGAGCAGUGUUACUACGUCUUCGGAGACCUUUGUGGAG